CUCAAGCCGAGGUUAGAGCAGUCCGAUCAUAGAUGUCUACUCUGCAGCUCUCUCGGCGAAUUCGAGCACUGGCCUGAACACGAGGAGACACACAUCUAGCCACCUUGUCCUACGUACUGAAAUGCAGCCCUUGGAAGAAUCCCUGGCUGAUCUCCAGCUGCUCUCUGACUGCUCGCGCCUAUUCUCCUCGAGCGAAUAUGAUUUCACGGAUGAGACUGGGCCACCUCGUCCACCACAUGAAGGUACUUUUCACAACGGGAUGUCUCAAGCCCCUGCUGCCUCGCCGUGGUCUGGCUCGCACGCACCCGGCGGGUCGCCAUCUUCCCAUCAAGAUGGCACCUCUUUCUACCACGGCGACGCACCGUACAACUAUGUCGACCCAUCUUUCCACCCCGCCAAUUCAUGGGUUGGCAUUCCGCCGCUCGAGCUGCAGCUGCAGACUUUCGAGGGAAUCACCGUGACAUCGUUCGAUAGCUCUCCCCAGCGUGGCACGUUCGUCACUGCCAGCUCAUCUGACUAUGACCAGCCUCCGGGGGCCGACGAGGCUCUGAUUGGCGCCGAGUCGCCGCACACCGAGCUCAGCGGAGUGAGUCCCGCUGGCAGUACAAGCUCGAGUCUCCUUCCGUACGGCAGCCCCGCGACUUUCGAGUCCGACACCGAGGCCGCGCACAACGGCUGGAACACGAACCUCUUGUAUCCACCGGUCCAUCACCGACGCGACUCGGAUGCAUCCAGCAACGCAUCCUCGAUCUCGCUCGAGAGCACCCAGAGUCACCCCCACCGCGCCGCUGGUUCGUCAAGCGCUGUGUCGACCGAGGCUUUGCCAAACAGGUUGUUUCCAGUGAACACAUCUGCUGCAGCCCAGAGAGCGUCGACAGCUCGGCGCGUGCGGGAUGCCAUCCACGCAUGCCAGCUGUGCUCGGGCACGUUCACCGCCCUGAAUGGUCUCAAAAAUCAUAUGUACAGGCACUUCAAUGUUCGUCCCUUCAGUUGCACAUUUUGCGGAGACAGUUUCAGGACCAAGGCCACUCAGCAACGGCACACUAGAACGAAGCAUCUGGCUAAUAUUUGAAACAGUUUUUGACCUCCAUCUUUGCCUCUUGUCGCUCAUAAUUUGCAGCUAUAUGCGUAUUUAUUAUACUUGUGUCCGUUUAUGCCACAUUGCCAACCGUCUCUGGCUCCUUAUUUGUACUGCGCUGAUAAUUCCCGUCUAUAGACCCGCUGUAUUAUCUCUGUUAAAUGCUUGAAUUCAAAUCGAUCAUACGUAAAGAUACAUUAUCGAGACCGUAGCAUUUCGAAGAU